AUGAUGCUUCCAGAGACAUCUGAAUCAGGAAGCCCGGGGGCCCCCAUAGAAGGGCCUUCCAAUGAGGCCCCCAUAGAAGGGGUUUCCAAUGGGGCCCCCAAUGACGGGGCCUCCAAUGGGGGCCCCAAUGAAGGGGCCUCCAAUGGGGGCCCCAAUAAGGGGGACCCCAGGGGGGCCCCCAAUGGGGGGGCCUCCAAUGGGGAUCCCAAUGGGGCCGCUAAUGGGGACAAUGGGGGGCCCCCUAAUGGGGAUCCCAAUGGGGGGGCCCCCAAUGAGGCCCCCAAUGGGGGGGGCCCUAAGGGGGAGCCCAAUGGGGGGGGCCUUAAGGGGGAUCUCAAUGGGGGGGGCCCUAAGGGGGACCCUAAUGGGGGGGGCCCUAAGGAGGACCCCAAUGAGGGGGCCCCUAUGGGGGCCCCCUUCUCUGCUUCCUCUGGGAGAGAUGUUGCAGAUGCAGAUAUGCUCGGCAGGGGAGAUGUUGCUGAAGGAGACGAAGUGGCAGUAGCUGCAAGGAAGUCAGGCGUUACUGUUCCUGCUGCAGCAGCAGCUUCUGCAGCUGCAGCAGCAGCUUCUGCUGCUGCUGCAGCAGCAGCUUCAACUGCAGCUUCUACUGUCGCAGCAGCAGCAGCAGUCAGAUCACUGCUUUUGUUUGAGACCUCGAUUGCUGCUGCAGGAGCUGCGGGCUGCUGUGCAGUGUUUGCUGCUGCUGGGCUGAUAGUCUGGUUUAAGUUCACUCAAUCGUCUGUUCUUCUUUCAUUGCUGCCCUCAAUUCAUUUUCCCGAUACCCAGAAGAGAGGGCUUCACAAUUUAGCUGUCGAUACACUCCAAGCGCCUUAUGGUGUAGUGGCAGCAGCAGCGCAGCAGCAGCAACGACAGCAGCAACCGCAACAACGGCAGCAGCAGCAACAGCACAGCAGCAGCAACAGCAGCAGCAGCAACAGAAAUCCAGCAGCAUCAACAGCAGCAGCACAGCAGCAGCAGCAGCAACAACAACAGCACAGCAGCAACAGAGAGGCACCUGCUUCUAUAUCCCUAGAAACAGAGGCACAGUAG